AUGCCGCUUCUGGUGACUCCAAGAAGUUUAAAUAGAGUCGUGGCACUUGACCAGCAGAAACUCUUUUACGAUCAACAUCAGUUAUUUAGUAUAUAUAAUAUCAUGUCUAAGUGCGGCUCGAUCAAUAACGGUGGUCAAGAUGAGGCUCAUUCUUAUGAUAAUCUUAAUGAAGAAAAUGGUAAGUAA